CAUCACAGAUUCCAGCACAGAUUGAGCCGUUUGAAUUUGCUGUAGAAGGAGAAAGUUCGUGAUGGCGGUUGAUUUGACUCCUCGGUUCAGAAGGUUAAACAGCCAAACGAGAAGUUUUCGUGAAAACACUCAGCAUGAUUUCUCGAGGCCCUUUGGAGCCACUCAGCUGUGGCACAACAUCAUCAAGGCUCUGCAGUCUCAGGUGGAGGUGCGUCGCUGCAGGAGACACCUUCGUGUUCAUGCUGAAUGUUUCACUGGCUCAGACGCCGUGGAUGCAGUUCUCAGUUAUCUGAUGCAGAAUGUGGUGUUUUGCACAAGUGAAGUGUCCCGCCUUAAAGCGGCGCGACUCUGCCAGGCUUUGAUGGAGGCCAAGGUGUUUGAAUCGGUGGGCACAAAGCUGUUUCGCAGGGACAAGGAGGCGACCUUCGAGGAUAGCAGCGGCAGCCUUUACCGCUUUUUGGACUACAAAGGAAUUCCUGCUCUUAAAGAAGGCAGCAGUGACACAGAAAACAGUGUGCCAGAAGAAAACGAGACAAAAAGGAAAAAGAGCUCAAGGCUGAAUGAAAUGAGGACAAUCUCCAAUCCUCUUGCUGUCGGAUCAUCAGACAAGAGGGUUGAAAGACUUCUGAGGACCAUCAACCUGCAAACAUCCUUCUCUCCAGCUCUGAACCCAGCACCCUCCGACUCUUACUUCUUGUCUAAAGCUGUGGUGGACGAGGUUUGGAAGCAGCAGACGUUGUUGCAGUUGCUGCAGAUCAUAGAACUGCCCGUGUUGGACUGCAUACUCGCUUCACCUGAAAGGGUUCAUCCUCGGUCCUGCAGAGCUCCCCUGACCAACCAAGACUUGAUCAUCUCCAACAUGUGCCUGGAAAGAGAGCUCCCUGAUGCACUCAACCUACUCCAGUUUGAUGCAUGGCUGUCAGCGGCUGCUGACUGCUUGGAGUUGUUUCCAGACCAACUGAUAAUGGUUGCAGGGGAGCAGCUCGGCCAGAAAGAAAGCAAUGCCUCAUCAGAGAACGGGACAACGGAGCAUAUGGGCAGCCAGAAGCGAUGGCUGUUUGACAUUAUCGCCAAGUAUUACAGUGGUCAGGAAAAAGCACCGCUGAUAGCAGGGCGCUAUCUGGAUGCACAUGUUGCUAUUCUGAAUUUACUUGAUGAGGGGAAAACACGGGAGGCCGUCAAAGCAUCUCAGCUGUGUUUGCGGCUGCUGGAGACGAGCACCAGAGACGAACUACGGAGACUUCUGUCAUUCAUGGCCACAGCAGCUCAGUCAGAUUCCUGCCGAAUGCAGAAGCAGACCGAAAAUCGGACCUUGGUUUGUCGCACUUUUCAGAGAGCUCUUGUUCAGAGUCACGAACUCACGAGAUCUCAGAGUGACACCCUCGUACUCUUUCUGAUGGAUAAUCACUCAGAGCUCUUCAAGACUCCUACAACUCUCGUUGAAGCUGUGAGAAGAACACUACGGACUCUGCAGCAAGGCAGAGAUCCAGACUUGAUCGCUACUUUCACUUUCUGCCAGCAGGUGACGCCACAAGAAUAUGAAGACCAGUGUGAGGCCACCACUUUGGAGAGCCUCCGCCAGCUCCUCCAUGACAUUUCAUCAAACAAGAGCAUGCCUCUCAAGGAGAGGAGGAAGCUUCUCAGAGACUUUGAAAAACAUCAUCCUGUUGUGUUCCUGCAGCAUUUUUCCAGCACUUUCUGAUAGUGGUAAUGGAAUAAUGUCAUUGAUUCCCGUCUGAGUAUGCAGCUCCAGGGUUAGAUGGGUUAGUUCAUAGUAAUAACCGGAAAAUGAGCACACAUCCAAUGUCUGGUGUGCAGAAUAGGAAUGACAAGCUUUAAGAUGAACAAGGCCGAAAAAUCUCUCCCAAAUCACGUUAUCAGGUGACCAUCCAUUUUCGACUGCUUAUCGUGGCUUGGGUCGCGAGGGCAGCAGCUUAAGUCCAGAGGCCCAGACUUCUCUUUCCUCAGGCACUUGGGCCAGAUCCUCCGGGGGAAUCCCAAGGCGUUCCCUGGCCCGCUGAGAGACAUAGUCCCUCCAGCGUGUCCUGGGUCUUCCUUUAGGUCUCCUCCCGGUUGGAUGUGCUCUGAAAAUCUCACCAAGGAGGCGUCCAGGAGGCAUCCUGACUAGACGCCCGAGCCACCUCAACUGGCUCCUCUCGAUAUGGAGGAGCAGCGAAUCUACUCCGAGACCCUCCCGCUGACAUUGCUCUAAUUUUACGAGGGUGGCAGCUCUGUGUUGUUUUACAAAUCACUUCGGCCAUAUGAGAGUUUUAUGUUUUUUGUAAAUUUGUGCCAAAGUCACAUUUAGGACAGCAGCUGUAGAUGCCAUUUAGAAAUUGACAGUUUUUAAGUUUAAGGCAUCAGUUAAGCUAAAAAUUCUUUAUAAUCCACUGUUAGAACUUUUUUCUCCUUAUGCAAUUCCAUUUCCUUUAACAUUUUGUUUUGUUUAGUUGGAAAAAUCUAGUUUUUUUUUUUUUUAUAUUUACUAAAUGAUUUAUAAUUUGUUUGUCAAUGACUAUUUUCUCUUUUGUUGGAAGAUAGAAUUACUUUAAAAAGGGACUACUUAAAAUAGCCAUUUUGUUGAUGCUAUUAUUUAAUAUUCUGAGAACAAAUUAAUAUUUUUUUUACUCAUAAGUGCAUCAUUUAGAUAAAAGUUUUGCUAAUGUUUUUCUUUAGUCUGAUUAGCUCUUAUUGAAGAUCUUUGCACUUGGGGCACGUUAGUACUUCUGCAUGUUAAAUGAGGAAAAUCGUCGUGUAGCAAAUCUUAUGUUUUUGUAGUAUUUAGAGGAAAAAUACGGGAAUAAUGUAAAACAUUAACGUGGAUGAAGUUUGUUGCUUGAACUAAUUUUUUUAUAAAGAUUUUAAUUUUGAAUUUAUAUGAAAUGUAUGUUAGUUUUAUUGUAGCUCAGGGCAAAUGUAGGCUUUUGUUUUUUGGUAUUUUCAGUAUUUGUGGCAGGAAAGCAGUUACUUUAAUUAAAACUGCAAGAUGUACUUGAAAUAUGGACUUUGACUUGAUUGGAAAGGUAAUGAGUAUUGUUAUUUUUUGGCUACUAAUUGUUUAAUUGCUUUAAACGUGUUAUUUACUGCUGGUUUUUAUUUUCCAACUUGUGUUGUUUACAAACACUAAAAUCGUGUUAGAAUGCACUUUAUAAUGUUGGCAAAUGUAAUAAUACACAUAAUAAAAAUAAUUUGAAUA